AUGAGUUCUGAUUUCUUUCUUGAGUAUGAAUAUAGUUACAAUCAGGAGCACAAUCAUGGUAGCAGAAUAAUCAGUAAUUUAGAGGAUUCAAAUAAUAAAUAAUUUAGGGGUCCAUCUCGAUUUACUUGCAAAAUAGAUCCCCUAGACGAGGGUGAUCAUACAGUGAAACCACCAACAGUCGGAAGUUAACUUAUUGAUAACGCUAUCCCAUAAUAAACAGAUGUUAAUAAGGUUCCGAGAAUACUGUAGUUAUCACCACCUGACUCAGUAAUUGAAGAAAACCCUUUGUUUUCCACAUAGAAGCCCGAAUUGUAGAAGGACACCAAGGAUUUUAAGGAUCUCAGUCAAACUAAUUCGACAUAAAAAGACAUAAUGAAAAAUUUUUUAAAAGCUGUGAUUGCAAAAAGUUAUACAAACCGAUUUAUUGAAAACAUGUUGCAAAAGUCAUAUAUUAAGAAGCCAUCACAUUUUUCUCAAUUUCAAAACACCCUAAUGGAUGAUCUUCGGUACAUUUAUUAGCACAACAGAUCUACAAAACACUGGCUAAGUAAGAUCUGCAAACGUUUAAGAUUCUUUCCAAUUCUGGAUUAAAGCAGUUAUUUAGUAAUAGGAUGGCAAAUCAUUCACAUUUUGACAAUAAUAACAGUGUUUUUUUGGACUCCAUUCAACAUUUCUUUUGGAAUCACAUAUCAACAAGUAGUUUUUGGUGGAGUUACAGUCAAGGAUGUAGAGGACUAUUUUCUAAUCACAAUAAUGAUAGAUGCUUUAAUAGUGAUAAAUACUUCAUAUAUAGAGAAGGGAGUGAUUAUAAAAUCAAGACGGAAAAUAUUUAUGAACUAUUUGGAAGGACAAGCAGUUUAUGAUUUGUUUUCUUUUGGUGCCCUUUUGAUCGCAAUAGAAUUCGAGAUAGACACGUCAAGUGAGAAAUUGGGUUGGCAAUUGUGUCCCUAUUGUAUAUACUAUUGUUGUCGAUUAUUCAAAUUGCAAGGACGAGUGCAUAAAUUGGAAGAGUUUUUCAAUUUCACCAAUUCAUACUAAGAUUUUAUAGAAUUAACUAAACUGCUUUUUAUGGUCUUGUAUGUAGGCCAUUUAUUUGCUUGUUUAUGGCAUGGCGUUGCAUUUUAUCAAUAGGGUUAUCGCUAAACUUGGAUAGAUGAAUAUGUCAAAGAGCCUGAUAUGUUUUCUGUGUACAAUUAUGCAUUCUAUUGGGCAGUAUAAACCAUGAUCACUGUGGGAUAUGGCGAUUUGACUCCUUAAAACAAUGCAGAAAGAAUCUGUGCGAAUCUUAGCAUGUUUUUAGCCUGCGGAGUCUUUGCCUUCUCCUUCAAUUCCAUUGGGUUGAUGUUGAGCAAUCUAAAUUCCAGAUAAGUGUUAUACAAAAAAAGCAUUAACUUAUUGAAUUAGUAUUUGGUUAAGAAUCAAAUUAAAAUUGAAUUGCAAUCACGUAUUAGGAACUACUACGAUUAUAUAUUUCAAGAGGAACAGGAAAUCAAUGAUGAAGAGGUUUCGCAGAUUACCACAAAAUUGUCAAGUAGUCUUUAGGAAGAACUCAAUUUCGAAAUACGUUACAAUGUGAUGAAAACUAAUAAAGUCUUGACCAAGUUCUCUUAGAAGGUCUUGAAAUAGUUGUCUCUUCAAAUCGAAGAGGUUAGGUUUUCACCUGAAGAUUAAAUAUUACAAUAAGGUAUGUGUGAUGAUGCUGCAUUAUAUAUAAUAACCAAAGGCACAGUAUGUAUAUAAUUUUAAGAUGAUAACUAAGGAAGCAACACAAGAGCUCUAUCAUAUCUCGCAAAGGGAUAAUCCUUUGGUGAGUAUUCAUUUUUCACAGGUAUGAAUAGAACUGCAUCAGCUAAAAGCAUAGGAUUUUCAAGAGCCUACAAAAUAUCCAGACAAUAAUUACUGGUUGUAUUGGCAUAAACUCCCCUUGAUUUGGAAAGAUUUUGUGAAGUAAGAGAUAGCAUUCUACUCUCCAGUAAUUACUAGCCUUCCAAAUUAAGUUGUUAUUCUUGUUAAAAGUUCACACAUCUCAUAAAAGACUGUCCAGUCUUGCAUUAUGUUGCAGAUCAAGAAAGAGUCCUCAAAAAAGAAUACUUCCCUAUUUUGCAAGAGAGGAAUCAAAAUUACCAGAGGAAAUUAGAACGCAAAAAGUUUGAAACUCUCAAAGAAUGCAAAAAAACUAUGGUGUUAAUCAGGGAUUUCCAAACCAAAUAAGUCUUAGACAAUGUAACAGUCAUGGAAGAUGAGUUAGAUGUGUCUUAUGAUGAUAAUGAAUAAGAUAUCUCUCCUUAAGAAUAUUCCUCUCUUACUAAAAGCUUGUCCAAAAUCUCUAGAUAGCAAUCCCAAAAUAGAAGUUACUCAUAAGACAAUCAUCUAUAACCUAUUUAAGAAAGCGAUAGUUCUAAAGAUAGUGUCAGUCCCAAUAAGCCAAGAGUUAAGUAAGUUAAAUAAACCAUUUAAACUGCUGGAUUUGGCGUCAGCGAAUCUCUUCACAAUAGACUUGUAUCCAUCUAAGAGGAGUAGAUUUCGGAAACUUAAUCCAAUCUUUAAAAAUUAGAGGAUUAUAAAUUUUCAAUGAAGAAUGAUUCCCUUGGAUUGCCAAAUCCAGCUGAAACGGCUAGAACUCCUGGUAAAAAAAUUACUCUAGUCCGCAAGCAGAAAAAGGAGGAUUCAUACAAACCUUUCUCUUCUCAAACUCAGGUUGAAGUGAGGGAUAGAGGAUAAUCGGUUUAGAAUCAGAAUCCUGUUAGAAAACCUAAAUUAAAAGAAAUUAGGGAAAUGUCAUAAGAAAUUCCCUUAUAUCCUUCCACCUAGUCUGUCGAUAAAAGAGAAUAAUUAAGAAGAAGAACCACAAAAACUAAUAGAAGUAAAACUGCCAAGACACUUAAAACUAAAGUCUAAGAUAACCAUACUCAUACGUAGUAAAAUUAAGAAUUGUCUAUUCCCCUCUACGAUGAGUAAUAUGUAUCUAUGGAAUUAGAAGAGUUUGAAGCAUUAAAGAACUUCUAAUACUAUUUUAGUUGGAAUAAUCCUAAAGUUGUCGUAGCCAGGGCUAUAAGGACUUUAAAAUUAAAUAUGGAUAAGAGGAAAAAUUUCGGAAACAAUUUUUCAUUAUAUACAUUCAAUAAUUUGGCUAUGAAUAAAGCUUUAAGAAUAAAAAGAAGACUGAAGCUUAUAGAUGAGCCACUAUUGUAGACUACCGAUAUAAAAAAAGGACAUUCUUCAAAAUCUCCCAGGCAAUCAAGAAUUUCCAGUAAACGGAAUACAGCAACCUAAGAUAUUAUAGGUUUUCAUCCCAAAAAACCUAUUUUUGGAACAUAAAUUUAAGUGCAAGGACAUUCAUUUCAUAAAAUUCAAUAAAAUGAGUUUCUGCUUUAAUGA